AUGCUCGCCACGCGCGUCGCCACGCGGCACAUUCCCUCGGGCGUCAAGUCCAAGGCGCGCGGCCAUGCCGGGCGCCGCGGCCCUGCUAAGCCGCGCAGCAUGCCCGACCCCAGGCAGCAGGGGCAGCCCGAGGAGCGCUCCGGCAUGCGCGACCCGCGCGAGCCGUCGUCCGCGCGCGCGCGUGCGGUCACCCCCGAGGAGCUGGAGCGCAUUUGGGGCAGUGGGCACGCCGGCACGGGCGGCGGCGGCGAGGGCGGGCCCGGGGACGACCAGGAGUCGUCGGUCCCGGAGCCGUCGGCGCUGGAGCAGGCCGUGCUGAUGGCGUGGCAGGCCGGCGCCACGAAGGGGACCGUGGCGGUGCUGAGCGGCUUCCUGCUAGGUCUCGAGGGCGCCGCUGGCUGCCGGUUCGACCUCGCGGACCUCGGUGUCGGCAUGCUCCUCGUGCUUCCGACGAUUCUGGCCGACGCCGCCGUCCUGGUUCCGGACCACGGCGCGGCGGACGACGGUGUGCCUGCGGGCGGGGCCCUGCUGGUCGUUAGCGACGACUCCGCUCCGGGCGGCGAGGUGGUGAACGACGGGGGCGCGAACCGGCCUUCUCUGUUCGUCCGCGCGCUGCGGGACGCGCAGCGCACCGAAGCGUUCGUCAACCCGGGCGUCGGGAUCCCGUUCCUGUCCGAGCUGGUCGUCAUCCUCUCGUCCGCGACCGCCGAGGAGCUCCUCCAGCGGGGCGUCGGCGUCGCCUUCCUGUGCCACUGGUGGGCUGACCGCCUGUACGAGGCUGGCCUGGACGACGUCGUCGCGCAGGUGCCGCCGCAGGGCCUCCUGGGGGUCGUCCCGGGCGGCGCCGAGCUGCACCUGGGCGUGCUCGCGGCCUGGCUCGCGGUCGGGAGCUUCCUCGGCAUCGAGGCCACGGGGCAAGUGCUCAGCGUCCAGCGCGCACAGAGGGCGCGGGGCACGUCGGCGGGCGGCGCGCUCUCCGUGCUCCCGCGGCCCGGCCAGCGCUCUGGCCUGAGCAAGGAGGAGGUGGCGCAGAUGGAGGCGGCUGCGCGGUCGAUCAAGCGGGACAUGGUGGAGCAGGGCCUGGCCACCGACGCGCUGAUGGCGUUCCGGGCGCUGCUGGACGCGGCGUGCCUGAGCGCGGCGUACGCGGCGACGGGGAACCUCGCGGCGUCGAUGGCGGCGGCGGUGGUGUCGCAGGCGAUCGCGGCGGUGUUCCAGCGGCGGGCCCUCAGGCGCAUCAUGCUGGCCGACAGCGCGCGCAUGCUCAAGGUGCAGGCGCGGCUCCGGAAGGCCGCGCAGAAGGCGGCGGAGGACGAGGAGGAUGGCGCGAAGUGA